AUGUCCAGACAAUCAAGGCGGGGAGCGUCCUCGCCCUUUGCGUGGACUACCAUCCUCUACCUCCUCCUCGUUCUAGUCGCUCCGUUUGCGCUUCUGGGAACCGCACACGCCGGGGACGACCAGGCGCCGCUCGAGAGCGAUCUUAAGAAUGUCAUUGGUAUCGAUUUGGGAACUACAUACUCCUGUGUUGGUGUUAUGAGAAAUGGAAAGGUCGAGAUUCUCGUCAACGACCAAGGAAACCGAAUCACCCCUUCAUAUGUCGCCUUCACGGACGAGGAACGAUUGGUCGGAGAUGCUGCUAAGAACCAGUACUCCGCUAACCCUCAACGCACCAUCUUCGAUGUCAAGCGUCUCAUUGGCCGCAAGUUCUCUGACAAGGACAUCCAGAAGGAUAUCAAGCACUUCCCCUUCAAGGUUACCGAUGUCGGUGGAAAGCCAUCGGUGAAUGUUGAAGUCAACGGAAAGGCCCGCAACUUCACCCCUGAGGAAGUCUCUGCCAUGGUUUUGGGUAAAAUGAAGGACAUCGCCGAGAAGUAUCUCGGAGAGACCGUCAGCCAUGCUGUCGUCACUGUCCCUGCCUACUUCAACGACAACCAGAGACAGGCCACCAAGGACGCUGGUACCAUUGCCGGCCUUAACGUCAUCCGUGUUGUUAACGAGCCAACUGCCGCAGCUAUUGCCUACGGUCUUGACAUGACUGGUGACGAGCGCCAGAUCAUUGUCUACGAUCUCGGUGGUGGUACUUUCGAUGUCUCUCUCCUCUCCAUUGACAAGGGCGCCUUCGAGGUCUUGGCUACUGCUGGUGACACUCACUUGGGUGGUGAAGAUUUCGACCAGCGUGUCAUCAACCACUUCGUCAAGCUCUACAACAAGAAGAACGAUGUCGACAUCACCAAGAACCUCAAGACCAUGGGUAAACUAAAGCGUGAGGUUGAGAAGGCCAAGCGUACCCUUUCUUCCCAGAAGUCUACCCGCAUUGAAAUCGAAUCUUUCCACGAUGGCAAGGACUUCUCUGAGACCCUUACCCGUGCCAAGUUCGAGGAAUUGAACAUGGACCUCUUCAAGAAGACCCUCAAGCCAGUUGAACAGGUUCUUAAGGACGCUAAGGUUAAGAAGUCGGAGAUUGAUGACAUCGUCCUUGUCGGUGGUUCUACCCGUAUCCCCAAGGUCCAGGAGCUCCUCGAGGAGUACUUCGGUGGAAAGAAGGCCAGCAAGCAGAUCAACCCCGAUGAGGCUGUUGCCUUUGGUGCCGCCGUUCAGGCCGGUGUCCUUUCCGGACAGAAGGGUACUGAGGACGUUGUUCUCAUGGAUGUCAACCCAUUGACCCUUGGUAUCGAGACCACCGGUGGUGUCAUGACCAAGCUCAUUCCUCGCAACACUGUCAUCCCAACCCGCAAGUCCCAGAUCUUCUCCACCGCCGCUGAUAACCAGCCCGUUGUCCUCAUCCAAGUUUAUGAGGGAGAGCGAUCCAUGACCAAGGACAACAACUUGUUGGGUAAAUUCGAGUUGACUGGCAUUCCACCAGCUCCUCGUGGUGUCCCUCAAAUUGAAGUCUCCUUCGAGCUUGACCCCAACGGUAUCCUCAAGGUUACCGCUGGAGACAAGGGAACUGGCAAGGCUGAAUCCAUCACCAUCACCAACGACAAGGGCCGUCUCUCUCAGGAGGAGAUCGACCGCAUGGUUGCUGAGGCAGCUGAGUUCGCUGAAGAAGACAAGGCCAUGAAGGGCAAGAUUGAGGCCCGCAACGCUCUCGAGAACUACGCUUUCUCCCUCAAGAACCAGGUCAGCGACAGCGAAGGCCUCGGUGGCAAGAUCGAUGAGGAUGACAAGGAAACUCUUUUGGAGGCCGUCAAGGAAGCCACUGAGUGGCUCGAGGAGAACGCCGCCACUGCUACCGCCGAAGACUUUGAAGAGCAGAAAGAGAAGCUCUCCAGCGUUGCCUACCCAAUCACCAGCAAAUUGUACGGUGAUGCCGGUGAGGCCCCAGCAGCUGAUGACGAUGAUGACACCCCAUCUCAUGAGGAACUUUAA